GUCCCCGCACUGCGUGAUAGUCGCAAACCCCGCUGUUGAUUCUGUCACUGCAAGUUUUAUACCCCUUCCCUUCCGCGUGCAAGCACACGCUUUUCAUCUUAUCCUACCAGGACUGGCUGGAUCCAGAGUCGUCAUGUCUCAAACCGGUUCGCAAUCGUCCCUGAGGGACUCUACCAAGCACCCCCAUUUCAUGGGGUUGACUGGGAGGCCGCUCAGUUUGGCCGUGUCUAUCGUGGCUACGACCGGCUUCUUGCUGUUCGGAUAUGACCAGGGAGUCAUGUCCGGCAUCAUUUCAGCCGACCCAUUCAUGCAUUACUUUCCCGAGACCUACAACGACGCUACCUGGCAAGGAUUCGUCACCGCCAUCUACGAGAUUGGAUGCCUCCUCGGCGCCGUCUUGAUCCUGUGCUUUGGCGAUACGAUCGGGCGUCGCCGAGGCAUGAUCCUGGGUGCCGCCAUCAUGAUUCUCGGGGUUAUUAUCCAGGUCUCCUGUGUCAAGGGGCACAAGCAGACGGUGCAGUUCAUCAUCGGCCGCACAGUUACUGGAGUUGGAAACGGCAUCAACACCAGUACCAUCCCGACAUAUCAGGCCGAGUGCUCCAAGACAAAGAAUCGGGGCCUUCUUAUAUGUAUCGAGGGCGGCGUCAUUGCAUUCGGUACGCUCAUUGCGUACUGGGUAGACUAUGGCUGCCAGUAUGGCCCUCCCGACCUCACCUGGCGGUUCCCGAUUGCCUUCCAGGUCGUAUUCGGUCUUGUCGUCCUCCUGUUCCCCAUCUGGCUACCCGAAUCCCCUCGAUGGCUGCUCAGCAGAGAUCGCCACGAUGAAGCCAUGAAGGUCAUUGCCGCACUUCGGGGCCUCCAUGUGGACGACGAGCAAACGAAGCUCGAAGCCGCCGUCAUCGUCGACAGUAUUCGCGCCUCGGGCCACAAGGGCGGUGUGACGCCCUUCAGUGCUCUCUUCACGGGUGGAAAGACGCAGCACUUUCGGCGCAUGAUGCUAGGCGCGUCUUCUCAGCUCUUCCAGCAGAUUGGCGGCUGCAACGCUGUUAUCUACUUCUUCCCGCUACUCUUCGAGAACUCGAUCGGUGAGACCAAGCAGAUGUCUCUGCUCCUAGGAGGAGUGAACAUGAUCGUGUAUAGCAUCUUCGCUACGGUUUCCUGGUUUAUUAUUGAGCGAACUGGCCGAAGGAAGCUCUUCCUCAUCGGCACCGUUGGUCAAUGUCUUUCCAUGGUGCUCGUCAUGGGCUGCUUGAUCCCGGACACGCCUUCGGCUGCUAAAGGCGCCGCCGUCGGCCUGUUCACAUACAUUGCCUUUUUCGGCGCCACAUGGCUGCCUCUCCCCUGGCUCUACCCGGCGGAGGUGAACCCGCUGAAGACGCGGGCCAAAGCAAACGCGGUAUCCACAUGCUCGAACUGGCUCUUCAACUUCACCGUCGUCAUGAUCACGCCAGUCAUGAUCGACAACAUCGGCUGGGGCACAUACCUCGUCUUCGCGUGCAUCAACGCGGGCUUCUUCCCCAUUAUCUACUUGUUCUACCCCGAGACGAAGAAGCGGAGCUUGGAGGAGAUUGACAUCAUUUUCGCCAAGGGAUACAUGGAGAAGAUGAGCUACGUCCGGGCGUCGAAGGAGCUGCCAUACCUUAGUGACCGCGAGAUCGACGAGAAGGCUCGGGAGUAUGGGUUUGUGGAUAGCGAUGAUGAGGCGGGGCAGAUCAAGGAGGCGAGGUUUGGGGAGAAGGAGGGGAGGCUGGCGACGAAUACGAAUGGGUUGAUGGCGUAAGGGGAGCGACGCGCCAUAGCCCGCCAGAGAAAGAGAGGCACUUUGUGUUGGAGAUGUCGGAACGGGUGAAGAUACAGAGGCACAGGAUGUCACAAGUUUGGCUCUUCACAGUUCAAUACCGAUUGGGAGCUCGCUGGU